UAAUAAUAAUAAUACUAAUAAUAGAGAAAGUGAAAUGAAUCAUCAUUCUUGUGUUUGAGUAUCAUACCUGAAUAACUCUCCAUUUUCUUCACCAACUUGGAUUAAAAUCAAUAGCUGCUGCUGCUGCUUUUCUGUAUCAUCACAUAGAUAAAAUCAAGGCAUGGGACUUUGCUUUAGCUCCUCUAAGACCUCUACCUCUGCCAAUGAAACCCCAACUUGUUCAACCACAGAAUUCAGCUCAGCGACAGCAUCACGUGGGACGAGCAACACGUCGGGCAGCAACAGCUGCAGCAGCAUAUUCUCGGGAGGGGAUGAGUCGAGUCACCAGAAUUUGAGGGUUUUCUCGCUGGCAGAACUGAGAGCCGCCACCAAGAAUUUCAGGAACGAUAUGGUGCUCGGGGAAGGUGGUUUUGGGAAGGUUUAUAAAGGCUGGCUUGACGAGAGGUCAUCGGGUCACAAGCCCGGAAGUGGUACUGUAAUCGCUGUCAAGCGCUUGAAUACCGAGAGCAUGCAGGGAUUCAACGAGUGGAAGUCUGAGGUGAAUUUCCUGGGGAGGCUUUCCCAUCCCAAUCUGGUGAAGCUGUUGGGUUACGGUUGGGAGGACUCUGAGCUGCUUCUGGUGUACGAGUUCAUGCAAAAGGGGAGCUUAGAGAACCAUCUUUUUGGAAGGGGUUCUGCAGUUCAGCCGCUGGGGUGGGAUACACGACUUAUGAUAUUAAUUGGUGCAGCUCGUGGUCUUGCUUUCUUACAUGCUUCUGAUUGGAAAGUCAUCUACAGAGACUUCAAGGCUUCCAAUAUAUUGCUGGACGGAGCCUACCACGCAAAGAUAUCUGAUUUUGGCCUGGCCAAAAAUGGUCCAACAGCUAGUAAAUCUCAUGUAACUACACAGGUCAUGGGGACACAUGGCUAUGCUGCCCCAGAGUACGUGGCUACAGGACACUUGUACGUGAAGAGCGAUGUGUAUGGUUUUGGUGUUGUCUUGGUAGAAACUCUGACGGGUUUGCGAGCACACGACAAUAAUCGUCCAUCCGGACGGGCCAAACUGGUGGAUUGGAUCAAGCCUUACCUAUCCGACCGCAGAAAGUUGAAGCAAGUUAUGGACUCGCGUCUCGAGGGAAGAUAUCCUUCUAAAUCCGCACUCAACAUAGCCCAGCUUGCCCUUAAAUGCCUCGAAAACGAACCUAAAAACAGGCCAUCAAUGCAGGAGAUAGUCGAGACACUAGAAAGGAUUGAUUUGGCCAACGAGAGGCCCACAGAGCGUAGAGUGCAUUCCACCCAUCAAUCGCCCAAUCGAGCUGCCUUACAACAACGCUCUCUGCACCAUCGUUCUCCACUUCAUCCAAGGCAUAAUCAGGUCAAUCGAGCCUAUCCUCUUCCACCUCGUUCGAAUUAUUAGCCCCUUUUUUUGCGACCUGCAGACUGUUUAAUUAAGGGCUUGUUAUAAUGGUAUGUAUAUGCGUAGUUGUGAAAAGUAGUAGAGGAACUUGAUGUGAUAGGUUUUGUUCUUGACGACCUAACGGUGGUCACUGGUUGGUAGAUUUUGGAGAUUUUGAUUUUGUGGUUUAACACUUUUAGUGUCGUUGUUUACCAUUGAAAACAACAUAAGUCCCGGAGCGUGAGGACAUACAAUGUGUUUACCAUUGUUUGGUUCUUAUUAUCUAGUUUUUUCUCAGCUCCUUCUAUCUAUCUCUCUAUAUAUUGUAAAGCAUGCAGUAUCUAAUGGUUCUAGAUGAAAAUAACUACACUGCAAUGGCGGAUCCAAAAAACAAUUUCACUGGGGCACAUUAACAUUGUCAAGUAUUAAAAUUAUGAUUUU